CGCUCCCCGGUUAGCGGCUUUCUGAUGCAGUCUCCACUCGUUCGUCGAGAGGUUAAUACGUUUUUUUAUUUAAAUAAAAGCUCGUGUUCGAGCUUUGUCUACCUUUUCCUCAAUUAUGUGCAAUCUACUAUAUAAUAAUAUCAAUAUUACUUGUCUGUAAAUACACCUAACUUGUGAAUCUGUGUCCAAUUAUUCUAAUACAACUGAACAGUGAACAUAAAGAUUUCUGUAGUGUUCGUAUCAUUUAUUCAAACUAAGUUCGUGACAGUGCCUAAUUUUCGGAAUGUGUUUUAGAUAUUAGGAUCUUAAAUAUUCUAAAGAAGCAGCUUGGCGCGGCGUAGCGGGCGGGCCGCGCCAUGGGGAAUAAAUGCUGCAGCCGCCGCCAUGACCCCGAAAGACCUUUGGUUUACCCGGCGUACAAGAAUGAAACAGGCUUCACAGCAUGUCCAUCGUUGGAGACGCGGUACACGGGCGAGCCGAACAACCGCGGCAUGUCCCGCCCUCUAGCAGACAUUGUGCGCACACGGAAUCCUGGAAAAUGCAUAACGAACGGUGGGAGGCGCAUCGUGAAGGCACUAUGUGCUUACACUGCACGUGCGGAUUCCGACAUAUCGUUCCGGAAAGGUGAUCGCAUGGAAGUUCUCAGCGACGCCGAGCCCGACUGGUGGAGGGUGCUGCAUCUGACCACGAGGAGGGAGGGGCUAGUUCCAGUCAACUUUGUGGCCGAAGAGAGCUCGGUCGAGUGUGAGGAUUGGUUCUUCCCGCACGUUUCAAGGAAGGAGGCCGACAAGUUGCUGUUAGCCGAGAGCAACCCUCGGGGAACGUUCCUCGUAAGGCCAGCGGAGCACAAUCCUCACGGAUUUAGCUUGAGUGUCAAAGACUGGGAGGAAGGCAGAGGAUAUCAUGUAAAGCAUUACAAAAUCAAGCCGCUCGACAACGGAGGAUUUUAUAUAGCAACUAAUCAGACGUUCCCAAGUUUGCCGGCUCUAGUCAUGUCUUAUACAAAGAAUGCGUUAGGACUGUGCCAUGUGCUAGCGCGGCCGUGUCCAAAGCCCGAGCCCCAGAUGUGGGACCUUGGUCCAGAGUUGCGCGACAAGUGGGAGAUCCCCCGGAGCGAAAUACAAUUGCUCAGAAAACUAGGACAAGGCAACUUCGGGGAGGUGUAUUAUGGCAAAUGGCGGAAUACUAUAGAGGUUGCCGUAAAAACGCUUAGAGAAGGUACUAUGUCUACUCAGGCAUUCCUCCAAGAAGCAGCAAUCAUGAAGAAGUUUAGGCAUAAGCGACUUGUCGCCCUUUACGCGGUGUGCUCUCAACAAGAGCCCGUGUAUAUUGUCCAAGAAUAUAUGAGCAAAGGCUCUCUAUUAGAGUUCCUUCGAAACGGCGAAGGAAAGUUCCUUCAAUUCGAAGACCUAAUAUACGUCGCAGCACAAGUGGCCUCGGGUAUGGAAUAUCUCGAAUCAAAGUUGUUAAUACAUAGAGACUUAGCUGCUAGGAAUGUGUUAAUAGGUGAAAAUAACGUAGCAAAAAUAUGUGACUUUGGACUUGCUAGAGUGAUUGAAGACAACGAAUACUGCCCCAAGCAGGGUUCAAGGUUCCCUGUGAAAUGGACAGCCCCUGAGGCUAUUAUAUACGGCAGGUUUUCUAUUAAAAGUGACGUCUGGUCGUAUGGUAUUCUACUCAUGGAAUUGUUCACUUACGGACAGAUUCCAUACCCAGGCCUUCACGGUAAAGACGUUAUAGAGCAAGUGGAAAGAGGUUAUAGGAUGCCAAAGCCAGUUGGACAUUAUUUACCUGAUGAUAUCUAUAGACUGAUGCUGCAGUGUUGGGACGCGACACCCGAGAAGCGACCGACUUUCGAAUUCCUGAAUCACUAUUUCGAAUCGUUCACAGUGACCAGUGAGAUACCGUACAGAGAAGUGCAAGACUAGUGCUGUGAUAUAGUGAAAUAGUUAUUUUGUAAUUGAUAAAAGACAAUGUACCUCCCCUAUAGUUAAUACGGGAAUUGUAACGCCGGUGUGGAUAGUACAUAUUACAUUUUAUGACCAGGAAAAUAAAUUUAACGUUAAAUAUAUUUCAGACCAAUAUGUCGAUGAUUAGGGACAUAUAAGUCUGUUAGUUAAUUAAAUUAUCAUUAAGUAGAAAAUUUAAUUUCCUGUUCAUGACCUUGCAAAUUAUACAGCAGCAGUUUCGAGUUACCAUUUAGGUAAAUAGUGUAUAUAUCUAUAUACAGGUUGAGACGGAAAGUAUGUAAUAAUCUGGAAUCUAACCACAGUCCUAAUGGAAAUAACAGCAGCGCUCAAGAAUGUCAUAUUAGAUUUAAAAAAAGAUCGUAGAUAGUAAAGUUACCAUAUUUUUUAAACUCAACAGUGUGAAAUAAAUCAAGCCCAUUAUUAGAUUGGGUCAGUUAGGUGAUUGUAGUAAGAUUUCGAAAAGGUUUGAGUCUUAGCUUAGUAGAUACAGCCAUCAAAUUAGCCCUGUAUAUAGGUAUAAUCUAUCUCGAUGCUACAUACACUGCCAAAACUGUAAUGGCUACUUCACACACCCUUACAAUUCCAUUUCAUGUUUAGUAUUUUUAUACUGGAAGCAUUACUUAUUAAAACAAUACAGGAACGCGUGAGCUUGUCAUUUAUUGGUCGUCGGCUUCUAAUUUCUGAUUUAUAGAUUGUUGAAAUUAUUGUAGUGUCUAAGUCUGACAUUGAAA